UUAGGAAUUUAAUGUGUCGGAGAAAUCCAACAGAAGUACUUGAAGGCACCAACGAGACCCUGAAGGCACCACUCUUAGUUUCGUUUCCUGUCAGGACUGUUUUUCUUUUGAGUCUGGAUGAAACUCAUCCAACCAGUUUCUAAACAACAGAAAUCACCACCCUCUAACUCUCUUCAUCUUCAUCUUCAUCAUCAUCACAGGUAUUAAUAAUCCCACUGAGCUGUUGGACUGUCACUUCUCUCCACUCGCCCUCACAGCUUUAACAGGGAUAAUCCAGAAUAAUCCAACAUGAGUGAAGCAGACAGGGCUCUGCGCUCCAGGCUGCUGAAGCUGGAGAGUCGGUUCAUGUGGGAUCUGAGGAAGGAGCACAUGGACCUGGAGGACCUCAGCACUCGACUGCAGGAACAAAUUGACGAGGGUCCGGGCCGGCGGGACACUGUCGACCACUCCUACAGCUUCCUGGCUUACGUCAGGUACCUGCAGGACAGACCGGAGGAGGCGGUGCUUCUCCUCAACCAAUCAGAGGAGAGAACCAGGGAGCGUUUUGGUGAGGAGAGCGAGCGGUGGCUCAUCGUGACGUACGGAGACCUGGCCUGGCUGAGCUACCACACCGGAGACUACACACUCUGUGAGGCAUACUGCGGCAGGGUGGAGGACAUACUGUUAAGGAACCCUACCAGUUCUCCCUCGGUUCUCCAUCCAGAGGUGUAUGGGGAGAAGGCCUGGACCUUCCUCAAAUUCUCGAUACGUUACUACCCCAGAGCCAUCCAAUGUUUCCGCAAAGCCAUGGAGCUGCAGCCUGACAACAGCGAGUGGAACAGCGGCUACGCUAUCGCCCUGUACCGCCUUCGACAGAGAGAUGAAGAAACAUCUGAGGAAGCUGAGGAUUCUCCGGUCAUCAGGCAGCUUCGCCGAGCCUUGGAGCUCAGCCCUGAUGACGGCAUGCUGCUGAUGCUGCUGGCUCUGAGGCUCCACUUCUAUCAGCAACAUGAAGAAGCUGAAGCUCUGGUGGAGAGAGCGCUGGAGGUCGACCCGGACCACCCUCACAUCACCCGCUACGUAGCCAAAUACCUGCGUGUACAGGGUGAAGUGGAGCGGUCCAUCGACCUGCUGCAGCGAGUGCUGGAAAAUAACGGCAAGUCAGCCUUCAUCCACCAUCAACUGGCUCUCUGCUAUAGGAAAAAGAAGAUCGCUUUGUAUGACAGAAUGCCCUUCUUCAAUCAAGAGAUGAAAUACUGGAGGCGUCUGAUGAUCCAGCACCUGGAAGAAGCCGUCAGACUGAGGCCUUGCUUCGUCUACGCCAUGACUGAUCUGGCACUGAUGUACGCAGAGAACAAGGAUUUAAACAGAGCCGAGGAGCUGUUCCAGAGGGCCUUGAUGAUGUCAUCAGAGAGGGACAAAUACAUUCGUCAGUUUGUCCACCUGCGCUACGCUCAGUUCAACCACUACCACACCAAACAGGAAGCCAAGGCCAUCACACACUACACCAAGGGUUUGCUGACAGCUGUGAACACGGUGGAUGGCAGGAAGUGUGCAGAGAAACUGAAGCAGAUCGCAGAGCGGCAUCUCUCUGGGGACGGGAAUGACGGCGAGGCGCUGGGCGUGUUGGGUCUGGUCUACAGAGCCGAGGGCGAGCUGACGGAAGCAGCUGGAUACUAUGAGAGAGCUCUGACAUGUGACCUGAACAACCAGCAGCACCGGGAGGCCCUGUCCCAGCUGCGCAUGGAGCUCACACAGCAGGCACACAUCCCAUAAUACCACCCACACA